AACCCAUUAUACGGGGAUCGUUAUAUUACACAUUUAGUUUAGAUUGCUGAAACAAAACCUAGCGAAGUUGUUCACAGUGAGUGCCGCAAUCAGAGUUUUUUUAGGGUUUCUCCGGUCGCCGGCAAUAAACACCAUCCAAUCAUGGCUACCUCCGCUGCAGCACCACGUCAGUUGUCUCAGAAGGAAGCUGAUAUUCAGAUGAUGUUGGCGGCCGACGUUCACCUCGGCACCAAGAACUGUGAUUUUCAGAUGGAGCGUUAUAUAUUCAAACGCAGGAAUGACGGUAUUUAUAUUAUCAAUCUUGGAAAGACCUGGGAGAAACUUCAAUUGGCUGCGAGAGUCAUUGUUGCCACUGAAAACCCUCAGGACAUCAUUGUCCAAUCUGCAAGGCCUUAUGGACAGAGAGCCGUUCUUAAGUUUGCUCAGUACACUGGGGCUCAUGCUAUUGCUGGAAGACACACUCCCGGAACCUUCACCAAUCAGCUCCAAACUUCCUUCAGCGAGCCUCGUCUUCUCAUCCUCACUGAUCCAAGAACUGAUCACCAGCCCAUCAAGGAAGCUGCCCUUGGAAACAUUCCCACAAUUGCUUUCUGUGACACUGAUUCUCCUAUGAGAUAUGUUGACAUUGGAAUUCCUGCUAACAACAAGGGGAAGCACAGCAUAGGUUGUCUCUUUUGGCUUUUGGCUAGGAUGGUUUUGCAGAUGCGUGGUACAAUUCGCCCUGGUCUUAAGUGGGAUGUGAUGGUGGAUCUAUUCUUCUACAGAGAACCCGAAGAGGCCAAAGAACAAGAGGAGGAUGAAGUUCCUGUUCCAGAUUACGCCAUUGCUGACUUCAAUGCAGCUGUUCCAUCAGAUGGUCAGUGGCC